AUCGCACACAAACAUUCAACUUUUUGGACAUAGGCUCUUGGUAUUCAUUAACAAUCCUAAAUCUAGAACAACUUCAGCAGUAUUUUGCUGUUACUAACAGCCUUCAGGACAAAAUGGACCUAAGAUUUUUUGGGUUAUGGGCUGUAGUUCAGAGCCUUUCUGCAGUUGUGAAGGAUGCCAGUGGUCAAGGCUGCCAACAUCUGAACAUCUUGAAUGGUUACUCUUUCUCUGACCAGAACCACCUACUGUACUAUGCCUGUGACCAGGGUUUUAUGCCAGUGGAGGGGAGUUGGUGGGCAACAAUUUCUUGUCAAAACGGAAACUGGUCUUCAAAGCCACAGUGUAUUGCGGAUACGUCAUGCUUUGAUCCACACAUUGUGAAUGGCAUCUAUGACAAAUUCACAUUUCAAGAAAACAACUUUAAACUGAGGGUAAAAUGCAAGUCUGGAUAUGAAGACAAGAACAAGCUCGCCAUAGCUCAUUGUUCAAGUGGAAACUGGCUGACAUUACCAGUCUGUGAAAAGGAUGAGGAAUCAUGUGGGCCACCUCCACAAAUCCCAAAUGCUGUUAUAAUUAACCAGGUUUAUGAGGAUAUAUUUCCUCAGGAAGCGAAAGUGCAGUAUGUAUGUCGGACUGGAUUCGAACUGGAGACGCGUUCUAAGAAUACGACCAUCUGCAGUUAUCAGCAAUGGGAUCCACUUCCCUCAUGCAGAAAAAAACAGAUAAACCAAGAUGGAGUGCCUCAGGUCACGUCAAUCCCCACUGGGUCAGAUGACAACGAUCAGCAUAUGUCCACUGCAGGGAACAAACCAACAGUCCACGAUGGGGCCAAAGAUGCUUCAGCCCCCACUGGGUCAGACGACAGCCAUCAGCAGAUGUUCACUCAUGUCGACAAAUGUGGCUCCCCUCCCACAGUAAACAAUGCAGACUUUGAGGUUGAUCCAGGUCAGAUGUUUGUGACAUAUCAAUGUAAUUACUGGUACAAACUAAACGGAAACAGUAUAGUGAGAUGUCUGAAUAACCAAUGGACUCCACCACCCACCUGUAAAGUUGACUUCUGUGAGCUGGACACUUGUAAAUAUCGUGAUCUGGUGAACACGGGCAAUAUUUAUAUUAAAGCUGGAACCGCAAUGAAAUUGUCUUGUUCUGGUACAAUACAUGGAAGACUGCACAGGCUGUGUGCAAUGAAAACAAGGAAUUGUAUUUGUCUGCAUGUUGUUGGAAGACAACCCAUAACGUGCGCCUCUGUGGUUACACACGAAUAUAUAACCAAGAAACCCAGACUCAAGAUCAGUAACAAUAAAAAGAUCAACUUAGAUGGUCAUCUCAUUUAUGUGACCAAAACAUGUCUGAACGACCAGCAUUGUCUUAGGACUGUAAACUUGCACCUGAAAAUGUGUGGACGUCAUCUUCUAGUGUCAGUUUUACUGUGGAUGGCUGCUGGAAUAUUACAAUGUUCAUUGGGUUAUGACGAAGACCUUCUCUUCAAAACAAUUGUCAGAUGUGGAGAGGCCCCCCAAAUAGAGAAUGGGCAUAUUGUGGAGCGCAGCCUUGUGUAUUUGAAGUAUCAGUGCAGUCCUGAGUAUAUUCUUCAUGGUAUCAACACAGUGCAUUGUUUUAACAACGAAUCAUGGUCUGAAGUGCCCCGCUGCAAAGCCGCUUCAGCCCCCACUGGGUCAGACGACAGCCAUCAGCAGAUGUUCACUCAUGUCGACAAAUGUGGCUCCCCUCCCACAGUAAACAAUGCAGACUUUGAGGUUGAUCCAGGUCAGAUGUUUGUGACAUAUCAAUGUAAUUACUGGUACAAACUAAACGGAACCAGUAUAAUGAGAUGUCUGAAUAACCAAUGGACUCCACCACCCACCUGUAAAGUUGACUUCUGUGAGCUGGAUACGUUUAAAUAUCGUGAUCUGGUGAACACGAGCAAUAUUUAUAUUAAAGCUGGAACCGCAAUGAAAUUGUCUUGUUCUGGUAAUACAUGGAAGACUGCACAGGCUGUGUGCAAUGAAAACAAGGAAUUGUAUUUGUCUGCAUGUUGUUGGAAGGCAACCCAUAACCUGCGCCUCUGUGGUUACACACGAAUAUAUAACCAAGAAACCCAGACUCAAGAUCAGUAACAAUAAAAAGAUCAACUUAGAUGGUCAUCUCAUUUAUGUGACCAAAACAUGUCUGAACGACCAGCAUUGUCUUCAUUAACGCUUUAAGACUGAAGUACAAGUGCUAAGCCUGUCCUUAGUACACACUGGCUCUUGUUUAGCUAAUUUUGAAGUUUUGUCCCUGUUCAAACUAAUGCUUUUUUUUUUUUUUUUUUCCCAAAUAGCACAAUAAAGCAUAAUAUUUCAACACAUUUCUUGCCUAUAUUGAUGUCAUGAGAUG